AUGAAAACCAUCCGUUCUCCAGCAGACGGCAAUAUCACCAUCUCGUACAAAACCCUGCCUGCGUGGGUUUGUACAACCUCCUUGCCACAUCAAAAGCAAUAUACCGGCUACGUUCACCUGCCGCCAUCUACACUCUCUGCCGUCCAGCAGAACUACCCCAUCAAUACUUUCUUCUGGUUCGUGGAAAGGAGACAUAACGCAGACUCGGCGCCUCUUACCAUCUAUCUAAAUGGAGGACCAGGGAUGAGUUCCUUGACUGGCUUAUUCCAGGAGAUUGGGCCAUGUGAGGCAAUUGAGACCUCGCCGGUUCAAAUAUGUACUCGCGCUCGGGAAUGGGGUUGGGAUCGGGCGUCCAACUUGCUGUUUAUAGAUCAACCCGUUCAAGUUGGGCUAUCAUUUGAUAACUUGCGCAACGGAUCGUUGGAUUUGUUAUCCUCGUCGUAUAAUUUCCCACCGUCCCCUGUUCCUGCUAAACAGGCGGAAGAAACCUUUCUCAAUGGCACAUUCAGUUCUCAUGAUGCUGACGCGACGUCAAACACAACGGCGAUUGCAGCUAAGGCUGUUUGGCAUAUGUUACAGGGAUUCCUGAGUGAAUUCCCACUGUAUAACCCUGGCACUGGAGGUAGAAAUUCUGGUUCCACUGCUGGUAUCCAUCUCUUCACGGAAAGUUACGGUGGGAAGUAUGGCCCAGCUUUUGCAACAUAUUUUAAAGAGCAAAAUGAAGCGCGGAGAAGCGGUUUACUCACCCACAAAGAUACGGUGGAAAUAAAUCUGCAAUCAUUGGGGAUCCUCCAGGGCUGCAUUGAUGAUAUCAUACAAGACCCCUUCUACCCAAUCUUCGCCCACAACAACACCUACGGCAUCAAAGCCAUUUCUCAUACAGAAAUGUUAACCUCACUCGCUGCCUUCCAAAAGCCCGAUGGGUGCAAGGAACGGAUCAUCUCAUGCCGGUCGGCAGCUUUAUCUCUCGAUCCCGCUGGGAAUGGUGACGUCGAGAGCGUAAACUCCCUCUGCUUCUCAGCAAUGAACGUCUGUAACAGUGACAUUCUGAGCCCAUUCUAUAGAUUCAACCGGAGCGGGUUCGACAUCACACAGUCGCCAUUGUCCACCUUUGCCUCCCUCACGCAUGUCACCUACCUCAACACAGCUAAAGUUCAAGCUGCGCUAGGUGUCCCGCUAAACUAUACAAGCAGCAGCGAUGUAAUUCGCUCGGCCUUUAUAUCGACGGGUGACUACCUACGCAAGUCGUACGUUCCGGAGCUGGCUUCCCUGUUGGCGUCCGGGGUCCGGGUGGCCCUCAUCUACGGCGACAGUGAUUACGUCUGCAACUGGAUGGGUGGUGAGGCUGUUUCAUUAGCCAUUGCAUCUUCUUCCAACUCCCCAGCGGCAUAUCGUGAUAAAGAUGCAUUUAGAAAUAUCGCUGGUUACGCGCCCCUAGUCAUCAAUUCUGCAUCAGGCAAAGAUUACGUUGGUGGAGUAGUGCGCCAACUAGGCAAUUUAUCCUUCAUGCGAAUCUAUGAUGCGGGCCAUUUUGUGCCAGCCUCUCAGCCGGAGUCUGUUUUCACGCUGUUCUCUCGCAUAGUUGGUGGUGGGAGGGAUAUAGCUAGUGGAGCCAAGGUCGAUCUAUCCACGUUCCACACGACGGGACCAGCAAAUGCAACCAAGACGAAUGAUGCGCCACCUAUGGCGGCGACAACGUGUUAUGUGCGCGCGGUGGAGGACACGUGCUCGACGGAGCAGAAAAAUAUGCUGAGGGAAGGAAAAGGGGUGGUUAUUAACGGUGUUCUGUAUAAGGACGAGUCUGAGUGGUCGUCGCCAAAGGAGAGAGGUCGGAAAUGGGAAAGGCAUCUCUAG